AUGGCAGUACGGCAACCUCUGCGUGUGUUGUGCCUGGCGGGCUUCCGGCAGAGCGAGCGGGGCUUCCGCGAGAAAACUGGAGCGCUGAGGAAAGCGCUGCGGGGUCGCGCAGAGCUCGUGUGCCUCAGCGGUCCGCACCCGGUCCCGGAGGCAGCGGACCCCGAAGGUGCUGGGCCAGACUCCGGGUCCUGCGCUUCAGAGGAGCAGCCUCGUGGGUGGUGGUUCUCAGAGGAGGCAGCUGUUUUCUCCGCGCUGGAAGAACCCACUGUGUGCAGGGGUCUGGAGGAAGCCCUGGACACGGUGGCACAAGCGCUGAACAAGCUUGGGCCUUUUGAUGGGCUCCUUGGUUUCAGCCAGGGGGCAGCAUUAGCAGCCCUUGUGUGUGCCCUGGGCCAGACUGGUGAUGCCCGCUUUCCCUUGCCAAGGUUCAUCAUCCUGGUAUCUGGUUUCUGUCCCCGGGGCCUUAGGCUCAAGGAACCCAUCCUGAAGGCUUCCUUGGCUCUCCCUUCACUUCAUGUUUUUGGGGAUACAGACCGUGUCAUCCCCUCUCAGGAAAGUCUGCAGCUAGCUCACCAAUUCCCUGGGGCCAGCACCCUAACCCACUCUGGUGGCCACUUCAUUCCAGCUGCUGCUGCUCAGCGCCAGGCCUACCUCAAGUUCUUGGAUCAGUUCAUAGAGUGA